GACACAAUGGAUACCCCAAAAUUGUUAGAUGAAGAUUUGCUGGAAAUAGUGAAACAUGUGCAUUCAACAACACCGGAAUAUAGUGUACCUCAUUACAUUUAUAAAGGCACAACUGUAUCCGAAAGCAUGAUUCAGGUUCUGGAUGAUAUUCUAAACAUGGAGGUCAGAGAGGACGAUACUUGGAUUUGUACAUUUCCGAAAAGCGGAACGCAUUGGUCAGCAGAAAUGGUUUGGCUAAUAUCAAAUGAUUUAGACUACAAGGGUUCUGAAAUUCCUCACCUACAAAGAGUGCCAUCCCUUGAGGUUGAACAUUUGUUAAGGCAUUGUUCUGUGGCUGAAAAUGAUAAUGAGUUUCAUGUGGAUCCUAAACUAUUUAUAGAUUCAAUUAACUGUGUAAAAACGAUGAAGUCUCCAAGAUUUAUCAAGACCCACAUGCCUUUCCAUAUGCUGCCCUUACAAAUUCAACAAGGAGCUGUUAAGGCAAAGAUUAUUUACGUAAUGCGUAACCCAAUGGAUGUUUGCAUGUCGUACCUUCACAUGUAUCAACAAUGGUAUAAUAUUGAAAUUACCUAUGAAGACUUCGCCGACUUAUUCAUGCAAGGUGGUCGUAAGUAUGGCACUUAA